AUGAGUGAUUCUGUGGCUUGGUCUGUUGAGAUGACCCACAAAUUUCUAGUCCUGUUAUCUGAGCGAGCCAAAACUUUGCACGGUACUGCAAUAAAAACAGCAGAUUACCAGGAAAUGUUGGACGACAUAUCAUUAGUGGCUGGCAGGAGACUCAACGUCACACAAUUAACCUCUAAGUUCUUUCGCCUGCGAAGAGUAUAUCAAGCAUGGCGGAAAUUGCUGCAACACACGGGGUUUGGGUGGGAUCACGAGUCACAAAGUCCAACGUGUCCCGUUGAGCAAAACCCAUUGGCGCAACAAUUUUACCACAAGGGACUUCCUCACAAGGAGCUUUAUGAAAUCAUAUUUGAGAAACAAACUGCCACCAGGAGAUAUGAAUACACAUCUACAUCUCAACCGGUGGAGACCUCCAAUUAUUCCAGUCAGGGCGCGGUUCCCAUGGAUGAUAGCGACUUUGAACCUGAUCCAGAUCAGACGACAGGGGAAAAACAGCCAAACACAUCUGGCCAUGGAAGAGCGAGAAAUAGGAGGAACAGAAGCGAUCCGGGACAAUCACUUGCGGAUGUCAUUGGUAGAUUGACAGACGAGCUUGUGGAGAAGCAGACUAUGGGAUCGAGGGCUAGCAAUCGCAGUGCAGAUAAGAGGGACGAAGAGAACACCAGUGCUCUAUCUGAUCCUUUUUCCAUGAGCAAUUGUAUUGACAUCAUGACGGCCAUGCAAGUACCGACACAGUUUUACCUGCUGGUUGUCCAGUACUUAUACGAAAAUCCUGGGUCGCGGGAGAUAUUCGUGAAACUCCUGCUCAAGGAAAAGGCUAACUGGAUUUAUAACAACUUUCCCAAUAAGUAG